AUGAUUACGCCCACCAUGAUUACUGUUGAAUCUCUUCCUCAACUUCUGGCCGAUGACAUUAUGGUCAAGGUCGCUGGCAUUGACAGCGAUGGGGUGCUGCGUGGCAAAGUGAUGGCCAAGGAGAAGUUCCUGGGGAUUGCAGAGAAAGGCUUCGGCUUUAGCUCAGCCCUUUUCGGUUGGGACAUGCACGAUAUGCUUUGGACAACCGAUGCGCGAGUUGCACCCCCAGAGUCAGGAUAUGCUGAUUUCCUCGCUAUUCCUGACCUCAACUCCUUCCGCCGUCUCCCAUGGGAAGACAACAUUCCUUUCUUCCUCGUGCGAUUCCUCGAUGACACUACUCCGGUCUCAGCAGACGGAAGAAGUCUGUUGAAGAGUCUGUGCGACAAGCUUGCAGGAGAGGGACUCCAUGCUCUGGCUGGAGUUGAGCUUGAAUUCAUGAACUUCCAGACUCCCUCCGAAGACGGAUACGGCAGCGCAGGCUCGCGACACCCUAACCUCGCUACAUUCCUCGAAAAGAACUCCCCUGGUGCUCUUCGUCCUAUCACUGCCGGCAUGUUCUGCUACAGCUCAACGCGGCCUGUGGCCAACAAGAAAUACUUUUAUGAUAUCUUCAACACCGCUGCUAAGAUCAACUGCGGCAUUGAGGGAUGGCACACCGAGGGCGGGCCUGGUGUGUAUGAAGCAGCCCUCAAGGUUUGUGAAAUCAGCGAGAUGGCCGAUAAGGUCGCGAUGUUCAAGCUCCUGACCAAGUCCUUGGGAAUGGACCACGGCGUCACCCCGUGCUUCAUGGCGAAGCCCAUGCAGGGCAUGCCUGGAAGCUCCGGUCACAUCCACGUCUCUCUUGCGGACAAGAAUGGCAAGAACCUUUUCGCGAGAGAGACUCCCGAGGCGAAUCCUCAAUGGUCGGACAUUGCACACCUCUCCGACACCGGACGACACUUCCUUGCUGGUCUUCUCGAAGCUCUCCCCGAUAUCAUGCCCCUCUUUGCACCAACAGUCAACUCAUACAAACGCCUGGUCGAGAAUUACUGGGCACCUGUACACAUUAGUUGGGGACUUGAAGACCGCAUUGCUUCAAUUCGUCUGAUCACACCACCUGUUUGCAAGCCCGGUGCGACUCGCUUCGAAGUCCGUAUCCCUGGUGCUGAUCUCCACCCUCACUACGCUUUGAGUGUCAUCCUUGCAGCUGGCUGGAGGGGUGUGCAGAAGAAGCUCGAGAUCAAGGUUCCACCCAUGUCAGCGCGCAAAGAGGGUGAACGCCCAGAACUAUUGCCCAAUACCCUGGACAAAGCCUUGGAUCGAUUCUCAGCCCCUAACAGUAUCGCAAGGGAACUAUUGAGUGGCGAGUUUGUGGACUUCUUCACUGCGACGAGACAGCAUGAGCUGGGACUUUGGAGAGAGGCUGUGACUGAUUGGGAAGUCAAGCGGUAUAUUGAAAUUGUGUAA